UGACACAGCGAUGGUCAGAGCCAGUGAACAUCCACAGCACAGACUCAGCGCUGCAGCUCCCAGGACUAACACACCGAGAAGACGUUUAGCGGGGAACAUUUCUCAAAUCCAAUGUUAACCUUCGGAUAGUACAGUUUGCUAGAUUUUCUAGCGCUUCAGAGGCUAGCUUUCAGUUUACUAACAGGUGUUCUGCGGAGGAAAUAGCAAAAAUGUCGUCUCCAAGUCCGGGCAAAAGACGAAUGGACACCGAUGUGGUGAAACUUAUCGAAAGCAAGCACGAAGUCACCAUCCUUAGCGGACUCAAUGAAUUUGUAGUGAAGUUUUUCGGACCACAGGGAACGCCGUACGAGGGGGGCGUGUGGAAGGUGCGAGUAGAUCUUCCAGAUAAAUACCCCUUUAAAUCACCGUCGAUAGGGUUCAUGAACAAGAUUUUUCAUCCCAACAUCGAUGAAGCAUCAGGGACAGUGUGCUUAGAUGUCAUCAACCAGACGUGGACAGCCCUCUAUGAUCUGACCAACAUCUUUGAGUCGUUCUUGCCUCAGCUGUUGGCGUACCCCAACCCCAUCGAUCCUCUGAACGGAGACGCCGCCGCCAUGUACCUGCACAAACCCGAGGAGUACAAGCAGAAAAUCAAAGAGUACAUCCAGAAAUAUGCAACGGAGGAGGCCCUGAAGGAGCAGGAGGAGGGGGCGGGAGACUCUUCAUCCGAAAGCUCCAUGUCAGAUUUCUCAGAAGACGAAGCCCAGGACAUGGAGUUGUAGUGAUCACCUUAAACCCACAGACAGAGACUAUAUUUGAUUUCCUUGAGAAAAGCAGACUUAUAAUAUUCAUAUUUAAACAAGUUGAUUUUUUUAUUAUUAUUAUUACUAAACAAGGAUUUUUAUGGAUAUCUAGCCUUCUGGUGUGUUUGAGAGACACCCCUGUCCUCUUCUGUAGCUGUUUUUAUUUAAUUUGAUCCCUUUAUUCAAAUGCUUUUCACAAUCUCUGCGUUUUCAAGGUGUGCUGCGUAGUGUUAGCCAGAGGAGCACCCAAAUGGCAGAUUUUUAAGAAUUAAAAAAAAAAAAAAAAUCCGACUUCACCUGAAAUUUAGUCUUCAAUCUCUUCAGUUUGUAGCCCACGGUUUUGAAAUUUUUUUAUAUUUUUUGUUCUCAAGUCCCUUUAAAUUCAUGCCGCAGUCAAAUUAUUUAAGGCUGUUUAUUUUUUCCUAUUUUGGAUGCUCGAGUUUUUGUUACACUUUGUUUACAUUUAACAUCAGAGCAGUACAAAACGUAACAUACAUCAAUAUUUUUUUUUUACUAAUUGAGUCCUUUCACUUUCACUUUACUUCAAAAACAGAUUUACUGGCCAAACCGAAAAUACAACAAAGUCAGAAAGCUGUUGCGAGCUAGACUGUAUUUGGUUAAUUCAAAUCUGUUUUUUUUUUUUUUUUUUCCCUCUUCCCAGGGAUAUUUGGUCGGUAACGCUCAUAAAAGUCCAUACAAGUUUGUUAAACCAUCACAGUUAUUAUUAUGCUGGAGGGAAAACUAGCAACGAUCUGAGUUAGACCUUUUUACCAGUGGUCCUUUGCAGUUUUUGUGCAGCUUUUUUCUAAUAAGUUGUCACAAAUUUGUUUAUCAGUCCUACUUUAAAUAAGUAAUGGCUUGUACUGGUUUAGACAUGAUUUAGUCCAGGUUUGGUAUGAUGGAACUAGUCUCAGCAGAGUCAACUUUAAUAGCAAAUACGAGCAAGACAAGUGGGAGUAGAGAAAAGACUAUAGUUUAGAGUUGCAUGAUUAAUCGUGAUGAAAUCGAAACUGCAAUCUGAAUGGACGCAAACAAAAUAUCCUGUCUCGUUCCGCAUAAAAACCUCUAACCCUUUAGUUUAGAUCUGUACAAACUUGUUCUGAAAUGUGAUUCUUGUGUUUGUUUGUCAGUUCACAUUUCAGUCUUUUUGUCAAAUUCCUCUGGAUGUGAAAAGUGAACCUUGAACGGAAUCUUAUUGUUAAAACACAAAUCGCAAGUGUAAUCGCAAUGACAGCAGGGUUGGGCGGUAUCCAGAUUUUGAUACCGUUAAACCGUCUCAGAGUUUUACCGGGGUAUACAUUAUUACCGUAUUAUGAAAAUGUUUUAGUACGACUUUGGUAAGGGAAGCCGCACUACUGUACAGUCUAUGUUUAUGACCUGCAGACUUAUAAUCCCUGAAAAGUUAAACAUGAACCAUCUCCAAUGCGAUACACGCACAGAACAGACUCACCAUCAGCAGCACAUCCACUGUCACAGAAAAAUAUUAUUCUAUAUACUUAUAUUCUACUGAGUCAUGUCUGAACUGUUUUUAUCAGCGCUUAUAGAUCAUGCAAAUGAGCCAUGCGGUUUUAAGUUUCGUUUCUAUAAACAAAUGUGCACCUGAAGCCAGAAUGCUGCCAAAUUGCAGAAGUACUAGUAUUUUUGGGGGGGACCAACUCGCUCGCGGUCGGACUUGCCACAUCUUGUCUUGGUCUCUCUUAUGAGUGUCACGUGACAACGGAAGAAAAAACUUAUCAAACAUCAUCUCCCCGCGCAGUUAAAAGAAACAUUAUGGACCUUUUUUGUUAGUUUUAAAUUUGUAUAGCAUUAAACUGAAAACACAACCACACAUUAAUUUGUGCUGAGCAAACAAAUUUAGGUAUUAUUAAAAUAUAAUAUUACAUUAGGUCCUUAUGCGCUGCACAUUUUUUUAAUGAAACUGAUACCGUUGCUACUUUUUGAUACCGCAGGAUACCGUAAUACCGUAUUACUGCCCAACCCUAAAUCACAGUGCUUUUUAGAAAAAAAACUAGAGCUAUUUUUUCACAAAUCAUGCAGACGUACUUGGAAUUAAACCUACAUCAGGCCUAAACCAGGUCUAAACCAGUUCGUUUUUUACCUAACCUAGACCAAAACUUGAAUCAGGUCUUGAUAAAAACUGGACUAAGAUAAAAUGUUUAAGUUUAAGGAUUAAAUAGUACCAAACCUGGACUAAAUCAGUUCCAAAUCCGGGCUAAACCUCGACUAUAUCAAGACCAGGACCGAAUCAGAUCUGACCAAACCUCCACCAAAAUUAACCAGGUCUAGUGAACCAGCUUAGAAACUGUCUUUUAUAACAAUUCAGUCGGAAAAUACCUCCUCAUUACCUCCUUAAUAGUGGUCCAUUUAAGAAACCCUUUUUGUUUUGUAGUAUCCACAUCUGUAUGGUUACAGUUCACCCGUGGGAAAGUUAAGCAGUGAUCUAGAAUAUAGUAUUUUUCUACUUAUUUCUUGUACAUUUAGGUUAGUGUAAAUACGUCAUCUUCCUUGUACAGUGAUAAAAGACAGCCUCAGCACUGCAAAAUUAAAUACUCCUUUGGUGAAAAUGACUUAUUUUUCUGUUAAUUUUCAGUCAGAGCCAAAAAAAAACUGUUUUCAGUCACAAAAUGAAGCUGGUAUUAAAAUCCAAAACGUACCGCUCGUAAAUACUUGAUCCCGAGUCAUUUUCCCAUUGCAGAUAGUUAUUUUUGCAGUGAAAUCUCAGCCACAUAAAUCGCUGCUUCUAUAUUUUUGCCUGGUUAGUAAGAUGCUACCUAUUGAAAUGUAUUUAUUUAGAUUGUAGUGGAUAUUUUUCUUUGGGGAGGGGCAUUCUGGUCUGUGUCAUAGGACCCUUUCUCUUUCUCUGUGCCUCAUCGACAUACCGAUAAUUUUACGCCAUUUCCACGCAGUAAGAAAGCACAUGCUAUAUAUUUUUUUGUACAGUGAUAGUUUGGAGCGGAGGUGGGUGGAGUCGCCAACGUUUUACUCGAGUACUUUCAAGGAAUACGUUAAUAACUUUAUAACCAACACGUAAAACGUGUCUGAUUAAAAAGUAGUCCAUUAAACUCUCCCGAUAUUUUUGGGCUGAUACGUAAGUCCGAUGUUGAUGUUUUGCUCAAAUUAUAUAAUUAAAAUUUACGUCAAACUCAAACUGGUUUCACUUCGUAGAAACCGUCUGACCUCGCAGCAUUAGGAUUCGUUCGCUGCUAAAGUUUACCAGUCGCUGCUAUUUGGUCGUGAUGUAUGUAAUGCACCUCUACCAACUUUUCCUAAAUCCCGUAGGUAGAAGGACAAUAACGUCUUUCCCCUCGAUAAAAUUCUCUUUGUUCCAUCUUUAAAUCCUCGAUCUCGGGAAUCGUCGCCAACACAGAAUGUACGGCUCUUCGCUGAUCGGUUGGUGCCCGAACUCGCACUUCCGGGGUUCCUUGGAUUUCUCUGCAGUUAUUUCUUCGUGCUUAGAGUUAAAAUAAAGCUUCAAGUGGCUGCUUUUCAGAUUUAAGGCUGAUGACUGAUUUUAUAAAAUUUGCAAAUAUCUGUAUCGAUAUUUGUACUAAUUUGUACUUUGGUAUGAGUGAAAAAACACAUAACGUACAAUGUUCUUUAUUAUAUUCCAAAGUUUAAUAAAAAAAAAAAAAUAUUGCAAACUAAAAAAACUCAUAAUUUUCAAGUCAUCAACAUAAAAAUACAAGUACAUACAAGGACUACACAGAGUAACAAGAAAUAUGCUGCUACUUCAAAACGCAACUUUGCUACUUUAAACCUAUUCAAUUAAUCCGAUUUGAUUAAAAAUAAAAGUAAAGUAAAUCCAGUGUAGCCGAUUUCUACCCACCUCUGCGAAUCAGUAGCAUUACUUCUUCAAAUAGCGCGGUGUUUCUGAAUGCAGAUUUGACAGCAGUUUGGUUGUAUCUGUUUGCGUCGCGGGAGCUCGGCGGAGACUUGAACUGAACAUUCAAUCAGUCAAUCAAUCAAACUUUAUUUACAGAGCGCUUUUCGUAUAAAAACAUGCAACACAAAACUCUUUACGGCUGAAGAAACGGCUGUAAAGUUUCACAUUGCGUUUACCUUUCACUUUUACUGCAAAUAAAUACUCUAUACGCGUUUAAGGCUUGAAUUCUGCGCGUUUAUCUUAAAGCCGCGCCGUGUAACUUUUCCGGUGGACGUUUGCAUCUUGCUCACCUUCACAGAGAUGUUAUUGCUUUGCCUAGAAUGUUCCGCAGUAUGGCAUUAACUGUGUCCAUCACCACGAGGCUACGGUAAAAGUCAAAUUUGUAUAAUAAUUUUAGAGCAUUUUUAAUCUCGUACUGAUGAAACUUCCGGGCAAAGUCGUAACAUCUCCAUGGAAACGAGCGAGGUACAGACCCUCCACUACAAAAGUUACACACUGCAGCUUUAAUUUAAGUAUUUCAUUUGACCCGGUAAAUGUUCUGGUCAUUGCAAACUAAAUUGGAAAGAAGAUGGCAUAUUUUUCAAUCUUAAAUUGUUUCCAAAACUAACCUGGAAAUGCCAUGAAUCUACGCUUUUAGAAUCAGAUCAUAAAACUUUCAGAAACUAUGUAAAAAAUAUAUAAUACGCAUUAAUUUAUAUUUUGAUUUCGAGUCAUUUCAAGUCUAUCUCAUGCUGUACUCUACUUUUUUUUACAGCGCAUGCCUCACAUCAGCAGCCAUGUCCUUUGAAUGACGACGUUUUAGAUCACAGAUUGACACAAAAUAUGACCAACUUUUACUUUAACACACUUUAUUUGUCUUUAGUUCAAAGAGUUUGAUCAUAAUUGGGUUAUUGGGGUAAUCAUUUCUCCACUUUUAAAUGUUUGUCGUGGUGUUUUUUGCGAAGUUAUCUUUAUUCACAUAUUUCAGUUCUAAUAUAUUUUUUAUUUUACACCAUUUUUCGAUUUGAGCCGACGCGUUUCCUCGACAUAGACUUGAAACAUUGAGAAUAUCGACGAUGUUUAUCUAUACAUAGCAGUAUUAGUUAACCGCGCUAACAUUACACUAAAUCUCAAAUCUCCUCACUUUAAAAACUUUUGAAACCUAAACUAUACAUUUAUUAUCAGCGUUGUUCACAUGGCAGCACAUACAAGCAAACUGUGUGCUGUUUUGGCCUGGUGUUGCCACGGAAACGAGAACUUCUCCAAUGAUUUUUCUUGAUUUCUUUUUAUUUUGUGUUUACUUCACUCCCAAAAGUUAGAAAACAAAAACGCCUUUCAUUUCAGGUCAUUUCGUUCAGGACUCAGUGAGUGAUCGUUUCUCGCUGUAGCUAAAGAGUUCACGAUGUUUUAUUUUAUUAGUUUUAAUCGGUCGUUGUUGUCCGAUCUACUAAGUAAACUUUUAAAAUGUCUAUGUGGAUCGGACAAAGCGCCACAAAAGAAGCCGAUACAUUAGUAAAAAUGACCGAGUUCAGAUUAAACAUUUGAUUUGAGUUGAUUAUAUUUACUUUGUCUGAACUUAAAUUACAUGUUUAUGCCAAAUAUUUUACGUUUUUUGUCUUUAAAGCUGAUGUCCACUGCACGAUUUUGGUAUGCACGAAGUUAUACCACACAACCGGCGACAAAUGUUCACUUUUGACGAUAUAUUUUUUCACAAUCAGGUUAAGAGUCGUUAAUUUGGUUAAGAAAUAAAUGACCUUGGAGCGAUGUAACCAAGAUGUUUUCCAAUCCAACUUUAUUUGUACAGCACUUUUUACCAACAUAAAGUGUCUAAAGUGCUGCACAGAGUUGGUACAAUAUUCCAAUAAUUUAAAAAAAAAAAAAAUUUGACUAAAAUACAAAUAUUUCAAUAAAAAAAUCAACGGAAUCUUGGUCACAAAAUGAGCUUUCUUCGCUGCGUCUAGUCAAACAGUGACACAAGCUCUUCACAAAGUAACAAAAGAAAAGCUCUGCAGUCUUAUUUUGUACUUAAAUUUCUUGGGUUCUUGAAUUUUGGAAAUUGUCUUGCAGCUCGCAGAAGAUAAAUUCAAGUCCUACUGUGUUGUUUUUAAAAAAGAACCCAAGAAAUUAAUGUGUGAAGAACCCCUCAGUCGUCCAGGUAGAAUCCAGGUCGAGGAGAAAAUUCAGUUUGUCGAGUUUGGUUGAAGACGUUUCGCAGCUUCAACCGAAUUUUCUCCUCGCCAAGAAAUUAAUGCUAAAAGAGCCUGAUAUUUGCUCGGAAAAACUUCAGUCCGUAGCCAAAUUUGACAUCCAAAAAAAUCGUGCAGUGGACACCUCGCAUAAAACAAAACGUACGAUAUUGUUUCCUAAAUGUUUCCGGAUUUUUGACUUCGAAAUGGAGAAAAAUGCAAAUCUUGGUGCAAAUACAUAAUUCCUUUUUAGGACAACUCAACUUUGACACGUUUCCUGAAUUCAAACCAGUCUUGCUCAUGUGUACGUUAUUUAUAUUUUUGCAGUGCUCUUUAAACUACUGCGGAGAAAUCUGCCAUUCAGAGCCAUAGCGCCCUCUGUAGGUGAAUGCGCACACCCCCUCCACACACACAACACUGGAUGUAAAAGCCCCGUUAACCCCAGAGGCACACAGCGUAUCUACUCUCCGAUAAACAAUAGAUCCAUGACUCUGUUGCACAAAACCCCCCGGACAUUUGUGUGGACUUCUUCUUGUGCACUUGCAUGCUUGAGUGAGGAUGUCUCGGUGCACACUUCCACUCUGCCCAUAGCGCCCUCUGCUGGCUCCCGGGCUGCGUUUUCGUGAUGUUUGAAGUUGAGAUGGAGGGCAGUUCAGUCUAUGGACGAGUCGAGGCUGCUUAAGUUUUAAAAUACUUGGUUUUUGGUUUUGUUUUUCACCACAGGCUGUAUAUGCCAUUGUGUUCUAAAGAGGAAAUGAGCAUGGGAGCAGUUUCAGGCUCCAUUGACUUUGUUUUCAAUUGACUUUACAUACAAAAAUGGUCACCCUUUCUCUUUGUAACUGCUGCUGUGAGUUUCGUCAUUUUGGUCACCCGCUCUACAUGAUCCUGGUGUUUUUAUUUCACUAGUUUGCCCAUAAAUAAAUUCCUAACUGCCCCAAAUUUGCCCGUAACUGGGAGCAUCGAUGAGCUUCAUUUGACUGGAGCUGAACACUAUGGGUGACGUCCAUUUCUUUUUACAGUUUAUGUUUUUGUGCUGGUUUAAGGUUAAUAUUGACCAUUUAUGGGCCUAAAGAUGAGAAACAAAAACAAAAAAUUUUAAAAUCUUCUGUCAGUACAAAAACAACCGAUGUUUUAUGUUAUUUAAAGCUGCCAUCUGUAAAUUUGGUUUAAUGUUCAAACUAAAUCGUAAGGUCUAGCAAUACAUUUUAGUUCAAAAAUGUUGUUUUUUGUUUUUUUUUUACUAAAAUGUCCGUAAAUGUAUUUUAUUUGAAUACUGACCAUUAAUUGGCCUAAAUGCGGGAAACAAAAACUGGCACAAAGUUUAAAAUUUUCUGUUAGUGAAAAAAUAACUGAUGUUUUACGUUAUUUAAAGCUGCCGUUUGUAAAUUGGGUUUAAUUUUCAAACUAAAUCGUAAGGUCUAGCAAUACAUUUUAGUUUAGAAAUGUAUUUUUUUAUUUAUUUUUUUUACUAAAAUGUUCGUAAAUGUAUUUUAUUUGAAUAUCGACCAUUAAUUGGCCAAAAGAUGAGAAACAAAAACAAAAAAGUUUAAAACCUUCUGUCAGCACAAAAAUUGAUUGUUGUUUUAUGGUAUUUAAAGCUGCCAUCUGUAAAUUGGGUUUAAUAUUCAAACUAAAUCAUAAAGUCUAGCAACACAUUUUAGUUUAAAGAUACAAAGUGUUGUUUUUUUUGUUUGUUUUGUUUUGUUUUUUCGAGUAGGUGGCAGAUGUAAAACAUGUAGUAACAUAGACUCCAUCUAGUGGUGAAAUGUGACAAUGCAACUGGACCGGACCAGCCAGUCUAAUUACAAAUGGUAGCUUUUAAAUACGUUUUUUAUUUUCAAAAAUGUGAUUGUAUUACUCACAUAGGCGUUUCUACAGAGGAUUUGUGAACGCAAUCAUUUGGUUUCAACUUUUGCUGAUUUUCUGUUUGGAUUUAGUUUUUAAAAUGUGAUAUAAUAGGCUGUUGACUGUGCCCUCCAUCUAAAACUUGGAUAUCAUUUUUACAGAACAUGACUGCAGCCUGUUUCAGCGUGGGCCCUAUGGCAGACUUUUGUAAUAGACUUCUGUAUUUGGUACUUUGUGUAUGAUACCGACCCAUGGGUUACAAAGUUUUAUUUUCCGAUUGAAAAACUCAUCUUCACUGGUCUUAUUUGGAUCACCGUCGGAUGUUUUUCUUUGCAUUGUGAAGUGGGCAUGCCUGUCACAAAGACACAUGCUCGCUAUUAAUAGGCUUAUAACCUCAUAAAUAGUUGUGUAUAAAAUAAACUGUUAUAACUUCUUUUUUAAUAAAAUAUUCAAUGUGUACAAAA